UUUACAGUCGGCAAGUAGUAGAGUGUGCAAAGAUGACGGUUACUCCUAAGAUCUCCGUCAAUGAUGGCAACCUAGUGGUUCAUGGGAAGACCAUACUGAAGGGUGUGCCCGAUAACAUUGUUCUGACUCCGGGAUCUGGUGUGGGCCUUGUCGCUGGCGCUUUCAUUGGUGCCACCGCUGAUGAUAGCAAAAGCCUCCAUGUCUUCCCCAUGGGUGUACUAGAGGGUCUCCGAUUCAUGUGUUGUUUCCGCUUCAAGCUAUGGUGGAUGACUCAGAGGAUGGGGACAUGUGGGAAGGAUAUUCCUCUUGAAACACAAUUCCUGCUUGUGGAGAGCAAAGAGACCAAUGAGGAGGAGCAUGAUGAUUCCCCAACCAUAUAUACUGUCUUCCUUCCUCUUCUUGAAGGCCAGUUCCGUGCUGUUCUCCAGGGAAACGAGAAGAAUGAACUUGAGAUUUGCCUUGAGAGUGGGGAUAGUGCUGUUGAAACCAACCAAGGACUUUACCUUGUCUAUAUGCACGCUGGGACCAACCCCUUUGAGGUCAUCUACCAGUCUGUAAAAGCUGUGGAAAAGCACAUGCAAACUUUACGCCAUCGUGAGGAAAAGAAGUUGCCUUCUUUCGUAGACUGGUUUGGCUGGUGCACAUGGGAUGCUUUUUAUACGGAUGUCACAGCCGAGGGUGUUGAGGAAGGCCUUAAAAGCUUGGCAGAGGGAGGUACUCCUCCACGGUUCCUUAUCAUAGAUGAUGGUUGGCAACAGAUUGGCGCUGAAGCAAAGGACAGCAAUUGUGUUGUGCAAGAAGGAGCACAGUUUGCUAACAGACUGACGGGAAUAAAAGAGAAUGAGAAAUUCCAAAAGAAUGGAAAGAGCAAUGACCAGGUCCCGGGCCUAAAAAUCGUCGUCGAUGAAGCCAAGCAACGCCACAAUGUGAAGAACGUCUAUGUAUGGCAUGCUUUAGCCGGUUACUGGGGAGGGGUUAAGCCUGCCGCUGCUGGGAUGGAGCACUACGAUACCGCUUUGGCUUAUCCAGUUCAAUCUCCUGGUGUACUAGGCAACCAACCAGACAUAGUCAUGGACAGUCUCGCAGUGCAUGGACUCGGUCUAGUGCACCCUAAGAAGGUUUUCAACUUCUACAAUGAACUUCAUGCCUACCUAGCCUCUUGUGGAGUCGAUGGAGUAAAGGUCGAUGUCCAGAACAUCAUUGAAACCCUAGGGGCAGGCCAUGGUGGCAGGGUUUCUCUAACCCGGGCCUAUCAUCAGGCCCUUGAGGCCUCUAUCGCACGGAAUUUCCCGGAUAAUGGUUGCAUUGCUUGUAUGUGUCAUAAUACUGAUGGGCUGUACAGUGCCAAGCAGACUGCUAUAGUAAGAGCUUCUGACGAUUUCUACCCUCGUGAUCCUGCUUCCCACACUAUCCACAUCUCUUCAGUUGCGUACAAUUCCCUAUUCCUUGGAGAGUUUAUGCAACCUGAUUGGGACAUGUUCCAUAGUCUGCAUCCUGCUGCAGAUUACCAUGCUGCUGCUCGGUCAGUUGGAGGUUGCCCAAUUUAUGUCAGUGACAAGCCUGGGAAUCACAACUUUGAGCUUUUAAAGAAGAUUGUCCUUCCUGAUGGAUCGGUUCUUCGAUCCCAAUUACCGGGCAGGCCUACCCGUGACUGCCUUUUUGUUGAUCCAGCAAGAGAUGGAAUCAGCUUGCUUAAAAUUUGGAAUGUGAACAAAUGCACGGGUGUGGUUGGUGUGUUCAACUGCCAAGGUGCUGGUUGGUGCAAGGUUGUGAAGUCGACCCGUAUCCAUGAUACAUCUCCCGGUACCCUCACUGGUUCCGUGCAAGCCACUGAUGUUGAUGCCCUCGCUCGAGUUGCAGGGCCAGAUUGGAAUGGGGAAACUGUGGUUUACGCCCAUAAAUCAGGGGAGGUAAUCCGGCUACCAAAAGGUGCUUCACUGCCGGUGACACUCAAAGUUCUUGAAUAUGAACUCUACCACUUCUGCCCUCUAAAGGAAAUCGCUGCCAACAUUUCUUUUGCACCAAUAGGCCUGCUAAACAUGUUCAACUCCGGUGGGGCUGUGGAGCAGUUUGAAGUCCAUUUGGCCUCCGACAAGAAACCCGAGCACUUUGAUGGUGAGGUUCAUUCUGAGCUGUCCACUUCUCUCAGCAGAAACCGAUCUCCAACUGCGACAAUAUCACUCAAAGCGAGGGGAUGUGGCCGUUUCGGUGCUUACUCUUCCCAAGUCCCACUGAAAUGCAAAGUGGGCAAUAAUGAUGUGGAUUUCGAGUACGAACCUGCUACUGGGUUACUGACCUUUGCGAUCCCGGUCCCUGAAGAGGAGAUGUAUAAAUGGCCAAUUGAAAUCCAAGUUUAAGUAGUUUCUUCUAGGGUAGGAGGGGGAAUAAAUUAGCAUUCUAUUUGUGUCACCAAUGUCAAAGGGGGGCAUUUUCAAUCCUGUAUUUGUGUAUUUGGGUAUUUUCAAGCAUGUAUUAGUUUUGUUAGGGUGAUGGGUGAUUCUGGUUUGUCGGUAGGCGCAUUUUGUGUUGUAGGGAGGGGGUGAGGGGGAUUUCUCGUUGUUGCGUCUCUGUAAUAAAGCUACAUGCUGGUUUCUUAAUUAAUGUUAACUUGAUGUUUUUUUGUCAA